GUCAAGAACAGAUGAACGGUGAUAGUUGUGAUUCCCAGUAGGAACCCUCUUAUCCGUUCUCGUCUCCUGUCCCGGACUCCCGGGACCGGGGAGGCCGGGAUCGAGAAGGGCAACGAGCGCGUCCCGUGCUCGCCGCUCCUCGCCGAUGGCGUCCUCCACUCUGCCAGCCUACCCCUUCCGUAUGUCUCUUCCCGGACUACGAGCCCCGGACCCUGCUAAGGUUAAGCACGUAUCCGUUCGAGCCCCCGCUCGCCGUCUUCCCGUUGCAGCCUCCGCGGCACCAUCAGGCGCCGCGGCGGCGGCGGCGAGGGAGCGCAGGCGUUUCCUGGAGAGCUACGGGCUCAACCCAAACGACUUCGAGGAAGAUGCAGAGGAGAAUCCGAGGGAAGAGAGAAAGGACAGGCGGAGACGUCGGCAGUCGGGGAGAGGGGAGCAAACUGCGGAAGCGGCAGUGACUCCAGCGAAGGUGGAGGAGCCUCGGGAGACUCACAAAAUGCUCCAGGUGCUAGGUGGAAAAGUCCGCAGAAGGAAAUUACUUUCACCCAAAGAUAGGAAUGUCCGUCCAAUGAUGGAAGUUGUCCGAGGAGCAGCCUUUGACAUUUUACAGUCAGCUGGUGGUUCUCCUGCUUCACUCAGACCGGGUCGGUGGCUAGACUUGUAUAGUGGUACUGGAUCCGUUGGAAUUGAAGCUAUGAGCCGAGGAUGUUCAGAGGCACAUUUCGUUGAGAUGGAUCCUUGGGUCAUCUCUGAGGUCCUCAAACCAAAUCUGGAGUGUACUGGAUUUAUUGACGUGUCACAGAUACAUAUGCUCCGCGUUGAAAAAUUCUUGGCCAAUGCCGAAAAAUCUCAUGGUAAAUAUCCUUCAUUCGAUUAUAUCAGUGUAACACCACCAUAUCUGGAGGUCAACUAUAGCACACUGCUCGCCCAACUUGCAAGGUCACCAUUGGUUGGAAAAGACUGCUUCAUCCUAGUUGAGUACCCGCUGAAAACAGACAUGGCUGAAUCAUGCGGAAACCUUGUACAGGUGGGUUUGCCUUCUGCCUUGAUAGCUGACAGGAGGUUUGGUAGGACCAACUUGCUGAUAUAUGGGCCAACUUGGUCAGAGAAAAAGAAGAAAAGAUGAUUUCUGAAGGGGGGGUUCAGGCAAGGUUUGCAUGCAGGGUGUCAUGAUAAUCACGGUUGGGAAUGGUUAAGGUUUCAAGAUUUGCACAGGGGAUAUUUGGCCUAGUGUAAGGCAUAAGAAGGUGGUUGAUCUUGGUUCACUGGGCCUAUACCUGAAUAACUUGCACAGCACAGAGAGCUCGCAUUUCGCUUUCCUUUGUGGUCAGAGAUCCACAUCCGACAAGAGGGGGGGGGGGGGGGGGGGGUGAACAAAGGUCCUCUACCUUCCAAACAUCAGUAUCGAAUCCACAGUUCAUGCACACCUUGGGGAAAAAAAGAGAUCCGUGCUCUACGUUGCAAUUCUAAUUGAUAUCCUGCCAAGUAUUCUUCGAGAGGUCCAUUCAAAAAAAAAGUAUUCUUCGAGGCUUGUGCACUUCUGUCACUCUUUUGUGUAGCCCGUGUUUAACUUCUGGGCGGUAUGGUAUCAAGAGUACCCAGAUGUAUCCGUCGCUGGUCUGAACACUAAUUUAACGCACUCAUUCGCAGUAUGGCAAUGAUGUGGCCAACUAACGGUCCCUUUCACCUUUUGGUAUUUUUACAACAGCCUUGCGCUUCA